CGUCAAUACCGAGGUAUUGCAACUAACAGUCACAAUACAGACACGCAUCCAGCAUUUUUGAGCAUAAUAAAGCAUGUUUCAACUGCCAUCUUCACAUCUACAACUUUUGCUACAGUCCCAGGCCAGCCAAUUUAUGAUGUGCCUUGGGGCUGGGGACUUUAACUAUCAGACCCGAAACCUCACGAACGGUCUCUACAGGGAAAGGAAAUCAGUCGCUGAGAAGUUGGAUCUCCGAAGUUCUCCAAAGAAAUUCGCCCCGCUAGUACCAGCAGUCAGCAGUUCUAGCAACACUAAACCCAACACUUGCACUGCAAACCCAACAGCCACAUCAGACUCACUGAGACGGGAACAACCGGAAGUCAACCAGACACAGUCAAAUAAUAAUGCAAUUCGUAACUCACGUAAAAGAACGAUGGAAGAAAUAUUCAACAGCUACAAACUCACUGAUAAAUCUGGUCCACAGUGGACUUAUUGGAGAGAUCCUAGAUCACGACUUCAAGCUUAUGACGGGUUUUCAUUCUUACCACCCUCGCCUCCCGAGCCGCAUGCAGAGAUCUACAUGGACAUACACGAAGAACGUAUGGAGGGUCUCUCAUACGCAUUUGAAGAAGCAUCAAUGUUACUAUCAACAUGAUUAUACCAUAUUCAAAAUUAUUUGAACACGGGUCGUCUUUUUAUUGUUGUGUUUUUUGUUGUGUGUGUUUGUUUUCUUCAUUUUUUACAACUGCAUAUUUAUUCAUUAAAAAACCCGUGAUUAAAGAAGAAAUUAUGCA